UCGUUUUACUGUCUCAACCCUUCGCUGAUAGGCUGAGAAGUAGGUCUUGUGCAGUCAGCCAAUGAGAAGGCGAAUCCAAUUCUGACCAAUCAGACGCAAAAACUGGGGAGUGGUGAUAUCAUUUUGUGGUGUGACCAAUAAGAAUGCUCAGGACAGAAGUUGCAUUUGCAUAGACGCGCUAUAAAUAAGUGUCACGCAGCCCCUCUCCUCACUUCGCCCCCGGGUCGGUUCUGCAGCAGUGCUGAGCUGUUAGGAGAGAAGCCGCUGUCGCCAUGCCCGAGCCGGCCAAGUCCGCCCCCGCGCCCAAGAAGGGCUCCAAGAAGGCGGUGACCAAGACGCAGAAGAAGGGCGAUAAGAAGCGCAAGAAGAGCCGCAAGGAGAGCUACUCCAUCUACGUGUACAAGGUGCUGAAGCAGGUGCACCCCGACACGGGCAUCUCGUCCAAGGCCAUGGGCAUCAUGAACUCCUUCGUCAACGACAUCUUCGAGCGCAUCGCGGGUGAGGCGUCGCGCCUGGCGCACUACAACAAGCGCUCCACCAUCACCUCGCGGGAGAUCCAGACGGCCGUGCGCCUGCUGCUGCCCGGCGAGCUGGCCAAGCACGCCGUGUCCGAGGGCACCAAGGCUGUCACCAAGUACACCAGCUCCAAGUAAAUGCUUGCCAGAAAUACUGUUUAACCCAAAGGCUCUUUUAAGAGCCACCCACUUUUUCAAUAAAGGGGCUGAACAAUCAA